CCGCUCAAACAUGGCCGCCGGCGGAACUAUACUACUCUGACAGGGCGUUCAAAACCAAAAGUCAUCCGGGCCCCAGGUCCUGCCCUCUCACCCGCCCAGAUCGGAUGGCGCCUGUGAUUGGCCAGGGGGCGGGGCGGGGCAGGAGAGUGAAGGAGCGGGCGCUGUGGUUGGCGAAGAGGGGAUCACGUGACGUUGCAGUCCUUUUUGGUGGCAGCGAGCAGUGGGGUGAGGGGAAGCGGACAGUUGAUUUCCCCAAAAGAUGCAGUUUUUUGGCCGACUUGUAAACACCAUCAACAGUUACAGCAAUCUGUUUUCAAACCCUUACCGGGUGAAGGAGGUGCCACUGGCAGAGUAUGUGGCUCUCACACGCCUGAGAGAGGAUGAUAGGGUGAUUCUAUACAAGAACAAAAACGCUCGCUCCUGGGACUGCUUGCUGGUGAACCCCCAGAGUCAUCUGGUCGCCUUUCGGCUCUUCCAGUUAGACAAUGAGACGGAUGCCAUUGAGCGCUUUGAGCAGUAUGCCAGGCGGCUGCGCCCCUUCUACGAGAGCUCGCCACAACCCCUGCAGCUGGAGGUCCUCCAGCAACUGAGUGACUGUUUCCGUAACCACCCCCACUGGUCCCUGGCGCAUGUGGCAGUGGAGACAGAGCUUCCGGGGAGUUUCCAACACAAUCGCAUCCUAAGCUGUGUGAACAGCACCGAGUGCGAGGAUGGCUGUACCCCACUGCAGCUCGCCUGCCGGAAGGGAAACAUGGAGUGUCUGUGUGAGCUGGUGGAGUGCCAUGCCCGGCUGGAUGUCACCGACAAAAACGGGGAGACAGUCUUUCACUAUGCUGUCCGAGGGAGUAACCCUGAGAUCAUAAAGCUCCUGGGCAAAAAGCCAUCUGUUGGCUUGAACCAUCUGAGCAAUCAGGGGCAGACGCCUCUGCACCUAGCCUGCCAGCUGGGCAAAGAGGAUGUGGUUCUGGCUCUACUGAAAUGCCAUGCCAAGUGCAACGUCAUGGGGACGCUGGGCUACCCCAUUCACACUGCCGUGAAGUACUCCCAGAAGGGGUGUGUGCGGGCCCUUCUUGAAGUGGAUGUCAAUCAAGUUCAGUUCAAGGACCCCCGCUAUGGAGCAGCUGUGCUCCACUGGGCCAAAAAUGCUGAGAUGACCCGGAUGCUGAUUGAGUAUGGCUGUGACGUGAAUUCUGUCAGCAGGACGGCAGACAUGGCUUUGCACAUCAUGGUCAAGCGGGGGCGCUUUGACAGCGCCAUGGUGCUGCUGACGCAUGGGGCUCUCGCUAAUGCCAAGGGGCAGGAUGGCAACACCCCGCUGCACCUGGCCAUGAAGCAAGAUCACCUGGAGACAAUCAAGGCCCUCAUUGUGUUUGGAGCAGAUGUUGAGAUCCCCAAUGAGUUUGGAGAGACCCCAGGGCUGGUGGCCGCCAGGACUAGCAAAGGUGCUAACCGGAAGGUGCUCUUAGGCCUGCUGCAAAUGGUAGGGACGGAACGCUGCCACCCACCUAGCCCCGAAUCCCCCCACAUGGCAUCCGCAGCAUCACCACCGCUGUCCACCUCCCCGGAAAGACCACCGCUCCCACGGAACAACGGCCACAGUUUAGGUUAUGAGAGCAUCAUCCAUAUUUCCACAGCACUUGGCCACUUGCUGAAGACGCCGGAUGUUGUGGACUCUGCCAGCGAUGCAAAGAGAACGUACGAUCGCCUCCUGUGUCUGGAUGGAGGGGGCAUCCGGGGCCUGGUGCUCAUCCAACUUCUCAUUGCUAUUGAGAAGGCUGCUGGCCGGCCAAUCAGGGAGCUCUUUGACUGGAUCGCAGGGACCAGCACAGGAGGGAUCCUGGCACUGGCUAUUGUACAUGGGAAGCCAGUGGACUACAUGCGCUGCCUGUACUUCCGCAUGAAGAAUGAGGUGUUCCGAGGGUCACGACCAUACGAGUCAGAGCCCCUGGAUGAGUUCCUGAAGAGGGAAUUUGGAGAGCACACCAAAAUGACAGACGUCCAGAAACCCAAGGUCAUAGUAACAGGGACCCUGUGUGACCGGCAACCUGCUGAGCUCCACCUCUUCCGGAAUUAUAAGGCGCCAGCGACGAAAAACAAGCCUGAGGUCAAGACAACAGACCCCUUCAAACCACUCACCAAGCCAGAAGACCAGCUUGUGUGGCGGGCUGCCCGCUGCAGUGGUGCCGCCCCAACGUACUUCCGACCAAUCGGGCGUUUCUUGGAUGGUGGGCUGCUGGCCAAUAACCCCACUCUGGAUGCCAUGACAGAGAUUCAUGAGUACAACAAGUCCCUAAGCCAGAAGGGGCAGAGCCAGCAGGUGCGGAAAUUGGGAAUGGUGGUCUCUCUUGGGACGGGGAGGCCUCCGCAGGUCCCGGUGAGCUCCGUGGAUGUCUUCCGCCCCUCCAACCCCUGGGAGCUGGCCAAGACUGUCUUUGGGGCCAAAGAGCUGGGCAAGAUGGUGGUGGAUUGUUGCACUGAUGCGGAUGGCCCGGCCGUGGACCGUGCCAGGGCUUGGUGUGAGAUGACAGACACCCGCUAUUUCCGGUUCAGCCCACAUCUGCACUCUGACGUGAUGCUGGAUGAGGUGAAUGAUGCGAUCCUAGUGAACGCACUCUGGGAUACUCAGCUCUACAUCUGCCAACAGCAGGAGCAGUUCAAGCAGCUGGUGCAGGAGCUCCUCACCCGAUGACUCUCUGGAAGACUCGAAGGCACCAGUGCCCAAUCCCGACAGUAGUGACUUAGGAAGUGGGCAGCGAGCAACAGCCUUUGUAGAAGGGCUGGACUAGGGGUUGUCCUUGCCGUCAGACCGAGAUGUUGGGGAGAAGAAUUCAGGGAUCAGAGAUACUUAAUAUGAAGCAGUAUUCCCCCCCGGCCCCUCCCCCCACACACACAUGUGGUGGCAGCUGGGAAUUUACAAUUGGUAUGGAGGCCUGAGUCCCCUGUACUCAGAGAGCAGUCUCUGGUACUCUCCCAGGUAUGGGCGUGUUCCCUAAAUCACCCUGCCCUGAAUCUCUCUGACAGAGCAAGGGCAGACCUCACACUGCUUCCCAUCUCCUGAGCAGACCUUCUGUAAAGUAACCUUGGGAACAGAUCUCCCUUCCCCUAGAAUAUCUGGGGGGCUGGCCCUUCCCACCCUGGAGAGCACAUUGAAAGUGAGGCAAAGAGAAACUUUUGAGGACUAGUUUAUCCACUCUUGCUAGCGUGUGUGCGGGGAACUGGAGUUGUUACCUCAUGUGGUCUGGGCGGAGAAGGGGCCAGGAAGAGGGUAACGUCCCUGCAGUAGUUUUGGAUCCAACGUAUUGUGAUUGUUCUUUUGUGAUCCAUUAUCAGCCUUGGGUGAGGGAUGCGGGAAGAUCUUCCCUUGAUCUGUUAUAGCCUGUGACUGCUCCCCUUUCUAUUGCUUCAGUGCCCUUUUUUCCCCACUCAGUGGCUCCUCCCAUCUCUCCUUCCAGUGUCCCUCCCAGUUCCCAACUGCUUCUGGCCACUAGGGUGGUGUGAGCAGACCUGCGGGGAAGGGGAUGAAGCUUCCUGGUUUCCAAUGAAUGUUUCCUGCUGCCUGGCCUGUGCUGAUAGUCCUCACUCAUGGGCUGAGAAGUGGAAACCCCUCCCCCUCCCUUCCCUUCCAGGGGUCACGUGAUGAGGAGCAAAAUUCUUGCUUCAGCCAUGGAACAAAGAUUAAACCAAAUUUAUUGGGGGCCAUUUAUUGGCUGAUAACACAGAAUAAAAAGAUAACUAUGAUUUAAAUGCUGUAUUCUCUGUGAUCAUUUCCCACUGAGGAUUCCGACCCCUGGGAUUAGAUGGAUUUCCGCUAUUUCAUUCUCCCCCUCCCCAGCUCUUGCUCCUGUGGUGGGAAUUCCAAUGCACUCUUAAAAGGCAUUCACUGGUUCUGCAUUUUGUUUAGUUUUCGAUAGAGGUGAAUUUAUUUGCCUGUGGGAACUGUUUGGAGUUCACGGUUCGUCAGGUCAUUUCCCACUUUCCUGCGCUCUGUUUUUUAAAUCUCACAACAUUUUUGCCUCAAAACAAACUAACCAAGUGUGGUGGUGUUGCAAAGAGAGGGUUCAGUGUGAAACUUACAAGGUGUGAAAUAAAGGGAGGUUUGAAG